GCCGACUAAGGAUUGAUCAGAUGUGCACUAGCACCGCGACUCGGAAGUCUGGCUUUCCAUUGUAUUAAUGAAUGUUUACCCAUGCCACCCAUCACCGUGAUUCGCCUCAUUGCUUUGCCACGACCUACUCCACCCCAACUCCGUGGUUACUCCUUGUUCUCGCCGCUGUGUAAAAUAUCCCAUUUUCUCUGAUUUUCUCUCCCACUUGACCUGCAUGCGACUUUUCCACCCUUUCGCUUUUGUUCUCAUUGUCAUCUUAUCAUCAUGCUUUGCCAAUGCCAGCGUCACCGUUUACUACCAAGUUCCAUUAGCAGAUUCAACUACCACUGCAGCCAAUGCAAAUUAUACCGGCGCUGCAGCUUAUGAUCCAACUGUGCUAACUCCCCCGCCUGUCCCUGCAGGGCUCACGACACAAUUCGGAAUUCAGCUUUCCAGUUCAUCAGCAACCGUCCAGGGUCUGAGUAUACCCCACCAAGGAUCAUUCAUGGGAUUCUCUAUCGAGUUCACUGUAGUCAAUCAAAUCUUCGGUGUAAAUGCAACAUAUUUACAGGUUCCAUUUUUAAACCUCAUGGCCCUCCUCCGCGAACGCGCAGGCGAAGUGCACAUUCGGGUCGGAGGUAAUACCCAAGAGACUGCGGUCCUCGUGGAUAGUCUUCCCGGAGGUGUAAUGGUGUCCAAAGAUCAAGGCACCACGGGUGAUGUGACUAAGACCCCAACACUUUAUUACACGGCCGAGGUUUUGUACACAAUGGCGAACAUCUCGGCCCUUGUGAAUACGAAAUGGUUCCUUGGGAUACCGUUCAAUGACACAAGCAACCUUCGACUUGCUAUCGCGGAAGUUGGCGAGGCCGUGCUGAGUGGCCCUGGAUAUCUACUCGGGUUUCAAGUUGGAAAUGAGCCCGAUCUUUAUGCAGCACAUUCGAACCGACCUUCCACAUACUCACCCUAUGACUACUUCGGCGAGUUUGGCAUCGUAGUUGACGCUAUCAACAACGACAACAACAUUCCUGUUAAGAACAACUUAGUUGCCCCGUCUAUUACAGGCGAAUGGACUCCAGAAUCUGUAUGGAACACUGGACUCGUUCAAGCCUAUUCUUCUAGCUUAGGAGCGCUAGCAGUUGAACAUUACCCGACCGAUAACUGCUACGCUUUGUACGGCAUUGGUUCUCCUGUCAUCCCACAAGACGUGUUUCAAAACUUCCUCACCCACGCCUCUGGCAUCAAUAUCGUUGCUCCCUAUCUCAACUCCACCAACUUUGCACAAGCCAAUGGGAAGCCCUUCUAUAUGAUGGAGACGAACACAGCAUCCUGUGGUGGCUUACCAGGGAUUAGUGAUUCCUUCGGUGCAACUCUUUGGGCACUCGAUUAUGGCCUUCAGAUGGCUUACAGCAACUUCUCUGGCGCAAUGAUGCACGUCGGUGGACAAAACGUGUAUUACAAUCCUUUCACUCCGCCUCCCACUAACCAGUCGUCUUACCACCAAUGGACAAUUGGCUCUAUCUUCUACAGCUUCCUCUUCGCUGCCGAAGCAUUCGGACCCUCUGGCAAUGCACAAAUUAUCGACCUGCAGGCCAACAACAUCAGCAUGCUUACUCCUGCAUAUGCAAUCUACGAGAACGGUGCUCCCGCGCGCCUUGUAUUGUUCAAUUACGUAUCAGAUCCGACCGGUGCGAGCGAUUACACAACAACGAUCUCCAUCGGCGGUGCGGCGAUUGCGCAGGAUAACGCCACGCCUGCACAAAUACAAGUCAAGUAUUUGGUGGCCCCUUCCGUCUCUGAGAAGUAUAACAUUACGUGGGCGGGUCAGACCUUCGGCGGGACCUUCCAGUCUGAUGGCCGUCUCCAGGGCUCAGAAAAUGUGCAGACGAUUAAUUGCGACCAAUCGUCCAACACAUGCCAAGUGACUGUCCCGGCCCCUGGCGUUGCACUUGUAUUCCUCUCCUCCGGCGCUUAUGCAGAGUCGGGGAACCCUUCGACCCAGACAUACUCUACCACGAUGGUGACGAAGACAGAGAACACAGCGACGAUCAACCCGAGUGUGCUGGCAACCUCGAAUGGGAUGUCGGGAGCCACGUGGGAGCUUGGAAGUACGAGUAAGGGGACCGUUAGCGCUGGCUUGAAGAAUUCGCUUUCGGUUGUUUCUCUUGUCAGCUCAGCUGUGCUGAGCACCGGACUGCUAUGUACAUGGUUUUGGUCAUGAUCUUCACGCUGAUGUCAAAUAUUUUGGUACUAGAUGUAGCACUAUAUCUCUGU